GAUCGUGAAGUUCGAAAUGGCAAGAAAAUUACAUUACUUCGACUUAAACGGUCUCGCUGAACCGAUUAGGUAUAUUUUGCAUUAUGGAAAGCAAAAGUUCGAAGAUGUAAGAUACCGUUACAAGGACUGGCCAAUCAAAAGCGUGAAAGAUUCACUUCCAUACGGUCAGUUACCUCUGUACGAAGAAGGUAAUCGAACUCUGAACCAAUCACUUGCCAUUGCUCGUUACCUUGCAAACGUCCACAAUCUUUUACCGAGUGAUCCCUGGGAACAGGCUGUUUUGGAUUCUAUUGUAUACAAUAUCUAUGACUUCUGGCAACGUGUCUUAUUUUACAUCAAGGAACAGGAUGUCACCAAAAAACAAGCGAUUAAGAAGGAAAUCAUGUCUGAAACAAUCGAUUAUUUCUUUUCUAGAUUCGAAAAAGACUUAAAGGACAAUAAUGGCUAUUUCGGAGGAAAGCUGAGCUGGGCUGACUUUAUCUUCGUUGGCAUCGUAGAAUCAACAAACCUAUUCCUAGGAGAGGAAAUUGAACGCAAAUACCCACACUCCGUAGCGCUCAUUCAAAAGAUUAGAAAUUUACCCGGUGUAAAGGAGUACGUCGCUACCAGGAAGCCUUAUGUCUUGUAAAUUAUACAAUGAUUUAAAUUCAAAUAAAAUGAUUAUAAA